CUUCAGUGCAUCUUCAGCUUGGGUAAGUUAAGUGUUGUUCUUGGGCUCCUUAAAUCCUAAACUUAUUUAAUUUUUUAAUUGUUUAAAAAUAACUGGGGAAUCUAAUCUCAGCAUCUCAGAAUUCUUGUGUUUCAAAAUAUGACUGCUUUUAUAUUUCUACUAUGUUGUUUGACAUUUAAAUUUAAAAUAUUCUAAAAAUAUUUGCUUUUUUCUUGAUUUCUUGACCCACACCCAUAAAUGGCAGUCAUGAUAAUGAAGCCCCUAGACUUGCUUCAGUUUUACAUUCAAUAAUUUAGAAUGUGAAAACACUUCCUUUAAUUGUUUCUUAUCUUUCAAAUGUAUGACUGGAAUCUACAAAGCCAUCAUUGUCAUUAAUUAGGCUUUGGGUGGUGGUGUAAUGUCCAUGACAGAUGGUUGCCAGAGUGAAGAUUGAAUUUAAUGGCGGUUUUUCUUCUUUGAAGUGUCACUCAGCAAUGUCUUGAGUGCAGGAAAUAAUUUCUGCCCCAUUCAGAGAGCCCCUCUGGUCACAAAAGACCCCAUGCAUCAGCUCCCCAGCACUGAAAUAGUUUCACACAGAUCUGCUCUUUCUUGUCCUGCAAACUGUGGUGAAGUCAUCCAGUUGCAUUUGUGAAUGUGAUUCGUUCUUUUCCUUCUUUUUUCUUCUCAAACUGAUCAAUUUUCUUUUUAUUUAGACAGCAUUAAACACAUUCUAAGGUGUUUUUCGAUCAUUUAAAGGAGAUCUGGUGAUCUCAAACUCUUUGUAAAUGGCUCCUAAAACAGGUUCCUUCACAUGUCAUUCAUUUUAAAAGAGUAAAGUGAUCACAACAGCUUUCUAAGAACAGAACGAACAGGAUUUUUCACAGCAUUUGUUGACAACUGUGUGAUAAAGACAGUCUAAAGUCAUGAUUUUUCAUUCAUUUGUAUUAAUGAUCAUUGGUUUUAAAGAAAGUGUCAUUAUGAAUAUAAUUCACUGGAUUGUCCACUAAUGUUGCAUAUCUCUAAUUUGGUUUCUUUCAUUUCAUGUUUAACAGGCAUCAUGAAGGUCGCUUCUUUCAAUGUCCAGAGAUUUGGGAAGUCAAAACUCUCUGAUCCGUUCGUGCUGAAAACCCUGAUCAAGAUAGUGUCACGCUAUGACAUUAUUGUCAUUCUAGAGGUGGUGGAUUCUAGUGGAGCUGCUGUGGAUAAUUUUCUCAAAGAACUGAAUAAGUUCAACAAGACUCAUCAUUACACCAUGGAGAUCAGCACACGCCUGGGAAGAGGAAAUUACAAAGAACAGUUCAUGUUCCUUUACAGGGACGACCUGGUGGAUUUGAUUGGGUCCUACCAAUACAAAGAUAACCAGCCAGGAGAUGAAGAUGCUUUCGCCAGAGAACCUUAUGUUCUGCGAUUCAAAUGUCAUAAAACAGUAUUGGAAGAUUUGGUGCUGAUGCCUGUCCACACAAAGCCUGAGGAUUCAGUGAAGGAACUUGAUGAACUGUACGACGUGUUUCAGGAUGUCAAGAAGAAAUGGAAGACGGAUAACAUCAUGAUUUUGGGGGACUUCAAUGCAGAUGGUAGUUAUGUGUCUGAUAAAGACAUGAAAAAAAUCCGCAUCCGCAGUGACAAAAACUUCCAUUGGCUGAUCACGGAUGACGAGGACACCACAGCCAGCACAAACAACGACAACACUUAUGACCGGAUUGUGGUGUAUGGAGAUGAUAUGCUGAACGCUGUUGUUCCAAAUUCUGCAAAUCCGUUCAACUUCCAGAAGGCCUACAAACUGAAAGAUGAGGAUGCACUGAAAGUGAGUGACCACUAUCCAGUAGAGGUGGAACUGAAGAAUAAACGUAAGCAGCUUAAACGUAAACAUAAGACACACAAACAGCAGCAAAAUGACCAAAACUACAUGAUGAAAAGAAACAAUAACAAGACAUUUUUUGUUUAGGUUAAACAAAGAGGAUGGAACAUUUGCGGAUAUGAAAAGUGUGACUGGAGAUCUAAAUAUAUAAAGACGGAUAAGCUUGAACAAACACGAGUUGUUUACAUGAGAAUUUAAACUUGAAAUGUCUGAAUAUUGUACAAUUGUUUUGUCGUGAACUUUGAAUGUGAUAUGAAUAUGUCUCACAAUCAAAUACAUUAAACAUCUGAAAUUGAAAUUUAUACAAACUUUAUUCCUUUAAUGUUUUAUUUACAAGAGAAAUAUAAAGUGACUAAAAAUCAUUUGACUUUGCCAUUGUGGACUUUAAAGGGUUAGUUCACCCAAAAAUGAAAAUUAUGUCAUUUCACACCCGUAAGACCUUCAUUCAUCUUCAGAACACAAAUUAAGAUAUUUUUGAUGAAAUCCGAGAGGUGUAUGACUCGUCCGUAGACAGCAAUAUACUCAACGCUUUCAAGGUCCGGAAAGGUACUAAAGACAUUGUUAAAACAGUCGACGUGACUGCAGUGGUUCAACUUAAUGUUAUGAAGCGACGAGAAUACUUUUUGUGCGCAAAAACAAAACAAAAAUAACGACUUUAUUCAAUAAUAUCUUCUCUUCUGUGUAAUUCUCAUACAUUGUUUACGUUCAGCACUUCCAGGUUCUACGCCAGAACGCCGACUCAUUAUUGGCCGGCUCCUGCGUCAACAUCACACAUAUGUGUUGUGCUGAUCACGUGAUCAGCUUCAGCCAAUACUGAGCCGGCAUUCGGACGUAAACACGGAAGCGCUGCACUGUGCUUUACUGCAGCAACUGCGUAAAGAUAAUGACAGGGAAGAGAAGAUACUGUUGAAUAAAGUUAUUUUUGUUUUGUUUUUGUGAACAAAAAGUAUUUUCGUCGCUUUAUAAAAUUAAGGUUGAACUAGUCACGU